CCGCGGUAUUAGAAAAUAGCGGGCGUAUAACUGCUGCUCAGUUGUGUACGCCGCGAUGAUGGGAUGGAGGCAAUUAUAGCUAAAAUUGCUGUGUAUAACUGGACAGAUGUUAAAAGUCUAUUUUGCUCUAUCUUUCUGAACCUUAAAGUCUUCCUUAAGACCACUAAUAGCCUCAUUUUCAUUUCUACCAUAAUCUUAAUAAUAUCUGUGACUGUAUAUUCCCUACAAAAAUUUUGGUCCAAGGAGCUUAAAUGUCGCACAGAAGUCCGUAAAACUGAAGGCUGCUUAAAAUAUGGGACCUCAGACAUUGAGAGUUUACGUCGAAUUUAUAAGUCAUGUGAUUUUUCAGCGUCUGGGUUGUGCAACAUUUGGUUGCAAAAAAUUAAUGACAGUAUUAACAAAUCUUUAAAAGAAACUUUUAUUCACUUUGAUCCUGUUUCGGAAUACACACUGUCCGAUGUAAAGAUUUCGGAUUUCGAAGCACGUAGUGAAGACUUAUCUAGUUGGGUGACUUUGUACUUUUUUGUGUCCAUACCGAUGUUGUGUUUGCAAGGAGAUAUAGUCACGAGUCAAACUGAACCAUCACAGAAAGUGACACUAUCAUUAAGGAACUACUACAUGAAGGUUUGUUAAACGGUAAUAUAUCCAAUUUUAGAUGUGCUGUAAGUUGAAAGUUGAUGACUUGGUCUUAUUGGAACUGAAAAUGUACGCUGAAUCUUCACCACAAUUCGAUCUACUUAUGAACUCAGCAAUACCUUUAUCUCCACCAAAAUUCAAACAAAUGCUUAUCGACAUAAUCUCGGAAUUAGUUGUUUCCUGGUCUCCAGAUAGUCUCAUACGCCCUAGCAGAGACCCUAUGGUGGCUUCAAUUCAGACGGACUAUUUACCUGAUCAGAAUGUUUCACUGCGUAGAGAACUCAAUAGUGCAGAUUCCUCAGAUUCAAUCCACAACUGGAUUGGUAUAAAUGUCGAAAAACAGUCAUGUGAAUCGAAUUUUAAGGAUCUCAACCGGUCACAAUCUGCAGGAUAUACUGAAGCGGAGGCUGCGAUUCCACAAAAACAAAGUUCUCAGUUAUUAGUUCAGGAAGACAAAUCAUUUACUCCAGUUGUACUGGCUCAUAAUGCUCGUUUGCGCCAGUCUUUGGUAGCUCGCCACGCUCCACGGCCAUUUGUAUGUAAAAUGAUCAGGUCCGCAUCGUACUAUGGCGAAGAGGGAGCAUCCAGUUUGCUUCAAGAGCGAGAUUUAGGAAGUUUUCAGUUAGAUGUUGCUGAUGCAAACUGUCGGGACUUAACAUGUGAUAAAAUUGAACCUGCGAUUCAAAUACGGAUGGGAACUAUUUCUACACCACCUAAUAAAUCUGAGGUGAUCAACACGGAAGUGUCAAAAAGAAAAGAGACUGAAACUUCAGUCGCUCAAAAUACUAACCAUAAAGACUCGUUGCCGGAGUUCAGUCACUCAGUGCCACUACGUAAACUAAAUACUAAAGUAGAUGUGUCACCUUUGAGGGAACGAACGGGAAACAAUUUUGCAUCCAAAAAGCUUCUGGUUAAAGUAGUUAAGGCAGAAGAACUAUCAGUAAAAAGCAUUUCGGGUGCUUACUGUGUCGUAGAAUUGGAUGAACCCUAUCAAAGACAUUCAACUCAUUGUUCCAUGUCUGGGCAGUUAUUUUGGGACCAACACUUGUUGUUCGACCUUAAUAACAACUCCAAACGGAUUGCACUUGAAAUUUUCGAGCUAGGCAAGCGAAAAAAAUCGUAUUCAAGAGGUCGCGCAGAACUACUGUUAGUGCACUUGUUAACAAAUCCUAGUUCUGAUGGGGAUUCAGAAACGAAUUCCGUCAAUAUAAGUGAUACUAUCCGACGUCAGAUACCACUCAUCGACCGAUCAGGUAGUUUGCUUGAAGGUACGAGUAUGUCUAACAUUGUCGCUUCAUCUACAGUGCAAUCUGUCAGCGGAGGAACCAGCCUUUCACCAACCAACCAAAUUAUUUCUGUUACUACAAAUGCUUCUGGCCAACUUUCUGUGAAUUCGAUACCUAGCAUAACAGCAGAGUUCAAUUUUAUGGAAAAAGCUACUGAAGAUUUUCGCUCACGUGCAUCUCCUAGUUCUUCACAAACACAACGUUUCUUUUCACGUGUCUCACAACCUACAAGUAUUUCUAAUGACCACCACCAAGAUCAACCUACAACAGAACAUUGUAGCGCAUUUUCACAUUCCCCUUCUUUAGAAUUUCCAAAUGUCAAAUCCACACUUUUAACAUCUAAUAAAAAUAUAACUGAACAUGUAAUGCAUUCUGUUACUGAAAAUAUUCAAACAGAUUCUGGUGAGGAAACUGAUAAUUUGUCCACAUCGAAAGAUAUUGAUGUCGUUAGAAAAUCAUCAAAAGACACAAUUAAUGAAGUCAAGAGUAGUGCAAUAUUAAAAACUGGAAACCUUUCAUCUCCAAUUUCUUUUCGAAGAGCCCAUUAUGAAUUGCACACUAUUCGUAGUAUAGAUGAAGAACAACAUCCUAGUAUACCAUCAUCUUUAAUUUAUGAUACAACAAAGUUUUCAGAAACCAGUUCUGAAGGUCAUGAUUCUUCAUGUGAUUUAAAUGAACAAUUGAAAGAGUCCAUUUCUUCUAAUGAACAACAUGUAUUACAAGGAUUAUCAGAAUCAGACGGUCAUGUAAAAUCACUAACCGCUACUUUGGUUGAUACCAAUACGCCGUCUGGGAGUAAAAUAGAUUCCAAACAGGGUGAUAUUUUAUGUAAACGCUCAGCUCUACUCUGUUCUAUUGGCACUAAUUUACCGAACAAUUUGGAAUCAGCGAGUAAUUUGCUUCGUGUCGAUUCACCAAUAAGUUUAGAUAACCCAUCUGCAUCAUCAAGACCACACUCUCUAGCCAGUCGUCUAAAGCCAACACGUAUAUUGAGUUCAAGUGUCUUGCGUUCAGCGAAACGUUCAGUAACGGACGAGCCAACUGGUAGUUGCAGUAAUGUCAGCUCUUUGGCUUUACUUGGUCCUUCACGUCAACUUGCUGGUGUAGUGGCGGGCUUAAGUUCUUUAGCCGCAGAUUCUACAGCGGCACCUACUGCAGCUGCACUUGCUUCUGCUAUGGCUGUUGUCGGUGCAACUGGUAACUGGCAACCUCAGUUAACUACCGAUUCAGAUUCUCCACUGUUAUCUAGUGGUUCUACAAUCCUUUCAGAUUUAUUAUCUAGAAGAGAAAGUAAAUUAGAAGCAUCCGAUGAUUCACCGGUUCCUCCACAUUCUAGUGUAUCAUCUUUCGGUCCACCUGUACAUUUUGUACCACCACCUACUUACGUUGCUGCUGGCAGUCCUGGUACAUUUACAGCUUUGAGUCAACCGCGUCGUUCAGAUGCUUCUAAUUUAAGUCUUUUUAGAAUAUUUCGUCAUAAAAAGAAACGAUUUCGUUCUGUUGGUGCUGAAAAAUUAGUCUACUGGGAGACAAAUAAUUUGGAUGAUUUAGAUGCAAUUUCUACUGAAGGCUAUCAUCGAAUACUACAAGAUGACGACUGUGAAGCACGUGAUAUUGAUCAGUCUGGAAAUAAAUAAUCUAUUAUUGGAAUUAUCUUGACAUGUAAUCAACAACAAAACUGAAUGAUAUUUUCACUGUCCGAAACCAAUAGAUUCAUAUUGUGUUUGUGAGAAUCCUAAUCUUCAUCUGUAAACGAUUAUAACACUAGUAUAAUAAUAUAUACUAUUGAUCUACUUGUCUCCUCUGUCCAACCCUACUACAUAUUACGAAAACAGACUUUCAAAAAGUUUAUGAAUACUUCGGUUUAUAUAUAUAUAUUUACCAUGUGUUUUAGAAUUUAUUUUCUAACUAUCAUUUCUCUUUUUUCAAUCAACAAUGUUAUUGAUUUGUUGGCGAUAAUAAUAUCAGGCGUCUGUGUAUACCGAGUUGGUUAUUUCGAA